GCUUUAGCAAACGCGCUGGCCGAAGUUGCAUUUGUUUGUGGAUAUCGACAGGAUCCAUGUCAGCCGAUUCAUCAUGACUGAUGCUCAGAGAAACACGAGAAGCUCCAGUGAUUUGAAGAAUGAAGGAGGGUAUGAAAUCUCCAUCCCAUUUGACGAUAGUAUCCCGGACGAGUCUGGUUUCUAUAAUCAAAAUGACCAGUCCUUCGAUGCAGAGUCUGCCUCGGGCCAGGUGCCUCCUUGCAGUCCAUACUUUUUGAUUUCCAGUCUCCGAGCCCAGCUGCAGAUUUCUCUGGAAAAGAACUCCUGGCUCCAGAAGCGCAUUGAAGACCUGGAAGAGGAGAGGGACUUCCUACGCUGCCAACUCGACAGAUUCAUUUUCACCACCAAGAGUCAGGAGAGGAAUGAAGCUCAAGUGGAGGCUGUGCAGCACCCCACCAGUCAGAAACCCCUCACUCGGAAGGCCUCCACCCCUUCUCCAACACCCAUGACGACGCGCUCUGGGCAAAUUCCAUCACGCAACCAGAAGCAUAGCAGAAAAAGCAGCACACACGAUGAAGAGGAUGAGGAGGAGGUGAUUGAGGAGGAGGAGUAUAUUGAGGAGGAUGGCUACUUGGAAGAGGAGCAGAUUGUUACAGAUGAGGAUGGCGAUGAUUCCGACAGUAAAUGUUCACAGAAGAGCCGUUCAAGCAGGCUGAAUGGCCAGACGAGGGUGAAAAGACGACGUGUUUUCCGUAUCGCCCGAAGCAUGGAGAGACAGAGAGUGAAAGACCCUGCAGGAGUUCUGCUUCGCUACAAGAAGAUCCUUGUGACUUAUCAGAAGUUGAAGAGCAUGUCUAGAGCAUUCCAGGUUCACGGUGUUGACCGUAACACAGUGGCCUCCACUACACCUAUCGCCGAGCUGCUCCUUGUUGCCCCUGAGAAGGUAGCAGAGGUUGGUGAGUUUGAUUCCUCCAAGGAGAAGCUUCUGGAUUACGCGAGGCGCUGCUAUAAAGCUCUCGAUGAAGCUGCUCACGCUAAGGUGCAGGCCUUGAAGAAGACCAACCUCUUGCUGCCUAUUUCAUACAGGUUUAGACACUGACUUUCCAAAAAUGUUUCCCUUUAUUUGUGGUGGGCAGAGCCAGUAGUAUUGAGGUAGUGGUUUGGAUUCUUUAAAGCCCACCCAAGGAACAUUUAUGGACUUUUUUCUUUUCUUUCUCUACCUCAAAUGUAGAGCUCCUUUAUGGAAAACUGUUCAAAUCUUUUUUUUUUUUUUUUUUUUGUUAUUCUUCAGAUCAAGUGAUUUAUGAAAUAUUUCUUCCUAUAGCUGUAAAUUAAAUGCCUGAGAAUUUAAUCCUGGUUUAUCACAUUUCUCAGCUGGAUUGGAGGGAUGCCAGAAUGUAUAGAUUGCAAAGAAUUGUAUGUUGUCCAAAACAAAAAUUGGAAAAAUUUGGUAAAACUUGCUGAAGGACGUAGAGAAACUUUGUGCAAUUAAAAAAAAUAAAUGGAGAUUCUGGCAGAGUGGACCCAGAAGUCUUUGUUCAGUUUAGUCAGUCACUGUAUCAAAAAUUGUUACCUGUCCUUAUUGUUUUGUAUAUCUUUCAAGGAAUAUUUCACCCAAAUAUGAUAAUUCUCUCAUCAUUUACUCAUGUUGUCUCAAACUUGUAUGACUUUCUUCUGCGGAACACAAAGACAUUUUAAUGGAGAUAUGAUGUCUGUUUUCCAUACAGUGCAAGGGAAUGGUGAUCACACUUUCAAGCUCCAAAAAAAUACAUAACAGCAGCAUAAAGGUCCAAUAAAACUCCAGUGGUUUAAUCCAUGUCUUCUGAAGUGAUCCAAAUGUGCUUUAGGUGAAAACAGACCACAAUAUAACUCCUUUUGCACUAUAAAUCUUGCCAUUGCAGUCUCUGUGUCUUAUUAUGAUUUCACUCGAUUACACUUCCUAGUGCUUGGCACAGAGUGCUAGAGGGUGCUAGGAUGUGUAAUCAAUCUUGAAAUCAUGAUCGCCAAGGAGACCGCAGAAGUCAGGAUUGAUAGUAAAGAAAUGUAUAUAUUUUGGACUGUUCUCACCCAAAAUUGGUUGGAUUGCUUCAGAAGACAUCAGUUAAACCACUGGAGUCGUAUGGAUUACUUUUAUGCUACCUUAAUGUGCUUUUUGGAGCUUCAAAGUUUGCUCAAAGUCUAUGGACAAACAGACAUCAUAUCUCCGUUUAAGAUAUCUUAUUUUUUGAUCCACGGAAGAAAGUUGCACGCAUCUGGGAUGGCAUGAGGGUGUGUAAAUGAUGAGAGAAUUUAAUUUUGGGUGAACUAUCCCUUUAAUUUUGUCGUUGUAAGUUUGAUCUUCUUUAAAGAUAAAUGAAUUGUCAAGAAAUGUUCUUGCUAUUAUCUUAUUAUUAUUAUUAUUAUUAUUAUUAUUAUUGGUUGUUGAAAUCAUGAGUUUCUUGUUUGAGUUUAUAGGUUGGGAUCUUUAAAGUAGGCUGCCUCUUAUUUUGAAAACACAAAUCAGACAAACAUUUCAGAAGUUUAAGCUCACAACUAUCUAAUAGAAAGCAUGACAAUGGAAAACGUUGUCUUCCUCAAAUAUUUACAGUCUUUCUAAUCUUUAUCAUCCGUGUUUGAUGUUGGUAAUUGUAAUAAGUUUUGAAUGAAAAGAAAUGGGGCAAAAAAGAAGCACCAGCUGCAAUUCCCCUACAUGCAAAAGUUAGCGUAGGGAAGACCAAAGAGUAGUAACUAUGCUGUGAUCCACUGGGAUGAGUUCAAAUAUAUGAAUCAUUUAAAUCUCUGGGUUUACACGACUGUGGUCCUCAUAAGUGAACUACUGAUAAGUCGGUGAUUUUUGUUGAGUUCAUCAAAUUAAACUUAUUAAAAGGAGCCCACCCAGACCUUUCCCAUAAUUAGCUAUUGUUAUUUUGACAGCACAAUUGUUUUGUUUUUUUACUAUUUAUCGAUAUUGAUAUCAGAGGCAUUAUUUACUUUUCAUGUAACUGUACACCAGUUAUUGUGAAUACUCAGGAGGUUACAACGCAAACCUCAAAAUUCGUGAGAUGUGCAUUUUUGAGACGUGUUUGAUCUAAAAUAUUAUUUAUGAUAGAGUGCCUUGUUUAACAUCAAAACUCUCAAUAUCUCUGUAUUUCCACUAGUGAUUGUUUUUUUUUCUCUCUCUCCAUAUUCUUCUCUUAUUAUAAAUCUUUAAGAGAUUGUAUAAAGCGAAAGUAGUGUUUAUAUUUUGCAACAUCAGUUUAAUGGCUUGAUUGUAAAGCAGCAGUUUGGAUGGAGUUUUUUUGUUUUUGUGAAAUCUUAUUGUUUUCCUUUUUGUAUUAUGCUGAGACUGUAUAAUUCCAAACUGU